AUGUCAGAGAAACCUGAUAUGGCUGACACUGAGAAAUUUGAUAAAUCAAAAUUGAAGAAAACAGAGACGCAAGAGAAAAAUCCAGUGCCAUCAAAAGAAAUGAUUGAACAGGAGAAGCAAGCAGGCGAAUCGUAA